AUGCAGCAGCCGCAGCCGGAAGCCUCUAGAAAACAGUUGCCCUACACUUCCAUGACGCCGCCGUCGGGAGGAGGCGGAGCUGGCUAUGGAUAUCAUCGAUUUACCGCCGGAGAGCUCCAACGCCGUGAUCUCGAUCGGGAAUUCGAGGAAUUCAUUGUCGUCAAGUCGCCGCCACCAUCCAAGAGGAAGAGUGGCAUGCUCGAGCAUGAAACUGGACCUGCCAAUCAGAACGUGUGUCCCUUGCGGACACCUGUGUCUGGAAAGGCAAAAGCCCAAUCUAGAACAAGUAAGGCAAACAGGGCCGGCUCUCAAACUUCCUUAGCAAAUAUUGGUUCCCCUGCUGGCAACAAUCUCACUCCAAAUGGUACCUGUCGCUAUGAUAACUCUUUAAGUCUCCUAACAAAGAAAUUCAUUAAUCUGAUAAAACAUGCAGAAGAUGGUAUCCUUGAUUUGAAUAAUGCCGCAGACACAUUAGAGGUCCAGAAGAGGCGUAUAUAUGAUAUAACUAAUGUACUUGAAGGCAUUGGUCUUAUAGAAAAGAAACUCAAAAACAGAAUCCAGUGGAAGGGUGCGGAUGUCUUCAGACCUGCUGAAGCCCAAGGCUGCCUUUCUGAUUUACGGGAGGAAAUAAAGAACCUGAACAUGGAGGAGCAGAGAUUAGAUGAGCGCAUUAGAGAAAUACAAGAAAAGCUUACAGGCCUUAGUGAAGACGAAAAUAAUCAAAGGUGGCUUUUUGUUACUGAAGAAGAUAUCAAGAAUUUACCUUGCUUCAAGAACGAAACUCUGAUAGCAAUUAAAGCUCCACAUGGCACUACUUUAGAAGUUCCUGAUCCGGACGAGACUGUAGAUUAUCCACGGAGGAGAUACAGAAUAGUACUUCGAAGCACCAUGGGACCCAUAGAUGUUUAUCUCGUCAGUCAAUUUGAGGAAAAAUUUGAGGACAUGAAAGCGGUUGAGGCACAAUCAGUCGUUCUCCAAACAUCUAGCGUGAAUGAGGAAGCUCUCGCACAUGCACCGACUGGUGAGAUCAAUGGACACGAAAUUGAUUGGCAGCGGUUGAAAGCUCAAAAAACGCCACUGGAUAUCAGUACAUCACAAGAUUCCGUUGGUGGGAUGGUGAGGAUUGUACCUGAUGGUGAUACGGACGCUGAUUAUUGGCUACUGUCGGAUGCGGAAGUGAGCAUAACCGACAUGUGGAAAACACAAUCUGGAUUCGACUGGGACACUUUGAACACGAUACCCGAAGAAAAUACCACCGCUAACCUAAGUCCAACACGGGUUCAAACUGCACCGGGAGUUGACUGUAGAACAAGAGAAUUUAUCGAGUGCAAGACUACAGAGACAAUGCAAGGUGAAUUAGUGAGGAAAAUGUCGUGA